UUUGCGUUGCCGGACAUGGACUCCACCCUAGCCUACGCCGCGGCUGCCGCCGCCCUAUCCUCCUACCUCCUCUGGUUCUAUCUCUUGGCCCGAAACCUCUCGGGCCCCACCGUCUGGCCCGUCAUCGGCAGCCUCCCGGGCCUCUUCCUCAACCGUUCCCGCAUCCACGACUGGAUCUCCGGCCACCUCCGCUCGUCGGGCCCUUCCGCCACCUACCAAACCUCCACCCUCCCCCUCCCCUUCCUCCCCUCCGGCACCGGCUUCUACACCGUCACGGCCCACCCGCGCAACGUCGAGCACAUCCUCCGCACGCGCUUCGACAACUACCCCAAGGGCCCCGUCUGGCAGUCGGCCUUCCACGACCUCCUCGGCCACGGCAUCUUCAACGCCGACGGCCCCUCUUGGCUCGUCCAACGCAAGACCGCCGCCCUCGAGUUCACCACCCGAACCCUCCGCCUCGCCAUGGCCCGCUGGGUCAACCGCGCGAUCCGGUCCCGUCUCUGGGUCGUCCUCGACAAGUCCGCCCGAGACCACCGUCCCGUCGACCUCCAAGACCUCCUCCUCCGCCUCACCUUCGACAACAUCUGCGGACUAACCCUCGGCCGAGACCCGGAAACCCUCUCCCCCGACCUACCUGACAACCCCUUCUCCUCCGCGUUCGACUCCGCCACCUCUGCCACCCUCGACCGCCUCCUCUACCCGCGCCUCCUCCGUCUCGGCUCCGAGCGCCGCCUCUGGACAACACUCAGAGUCGUCGACCAGUACAUGUCGGAGGCUCUCGCCUCGCGUUCGCCUACAACCGCGUACUCGAACGACGACCUGAUCUCGCGGUUCGCCAGGCGGACGGGCCCCGACGGGAAACCCUACCCGGACGAGGUUCUGAAGAAGAUCGCGCUGAACUUCGUGCUCGCGGGCCGGGACACGUCGUCGGUGGCGCUCGCGUGGUUUUUUUGGUCGGUCAUGAAUGACGGGCGGGUGGAAGGGAGGAUAAUCGAGGAGUUGACGGGGGUUCUGAAGGAGACGAGAGGCGACGACGUGGCGCGGUGGAGGGAGGAGCCGGUGAGUUUCGAGGAGGCGGAGAAGUUGGUGUACAUGAAGGCGGCGCUAGCGGAGACGUUGAGGCUCUACCCCUCGGUGCCGAUGGAUUUCAAGUACGCGGUGGAGGACGACGUGUUGCCGGACGGGAGUAGGGUUCCGGCGGUUCAGCUUCUCCUGACUGGAUUUCCCCGGAUUGAGCUUUAUGGUCCUAAGCUUCUACAAAUUGAAUUUCUCGGAUUGGGCUUUAUAGUCCUUUGA